UGACAGAAGCCGAGCAGAGAACAGCAUCCGCUUUGAGCGCACGGACACACCGAUUACAUUCACGUAGAGAGGUUGAGGAAAAAGCCCUGCUAUUCGUCACAGUCUAGAAAUUGUAGAUAUUUUUCCUCUCCCCAUCCCCUCUACAAGCCAGGACUUGCUUACUUUGUCGUGUGACGUUUUGUGAAGAAGGGGACAGUGGGUUUUUUUUCUGCGCACAGGAAGUGUUUGCUAUGCACCCUGGCUCCAGCCCGACGCCAAAAACUUACAACCCGGUGCAGAAUUGAUUAAAACAGAUGGCUGUGCUUCACACAUCGCAAACGACUAGAUGUUACACUUACCCAAGUCAAAGGAGGGGAAUUUCACAAACGGAAACCUUUGUUUUCCUUUUAAUCUUACUGCCAUUUUUAAGGCAGAUAACUUGGGAAAUGCGCGCUGCUUGUAAAAAAUAAGGAAUAAGAGCUUUUUUUUUUUUUUAACUUUUUUUUUUUUUCUUGAAGUGCACUUCGCAGGGAGGGAGCAGACAUGAUUCGGUUGCUUUUUCUGGUCUCCAUCCUGGAUGGUGCGCUCUCUCAGCUCCGCUACUCCGUGGCAGAGGAGCAGGAGCCCGGGACCGUGGUUGGGAAUAUCGCGGAGGAUUUGGGGCUGGACAUGACCAAACUUUCCGCUCGCCGCUUCCAGACUGUGCCUAGUUCACGGACACCCUAUCUAGAAAUGAAUUUAGAAAACGGCGCGCUCGUGGUGAGGGAGAAAAUUGACCGAGAAGAAAUCUGCAAGCAGACCAUCCCGUGCCUAAUGCACUUGGAAGUGUUUUUGGAGAACCCGUUGGAACUCUUUCGCGUGGAGAUCGAAGUGCUGGACAUCAACGACAAUCCACCCAGUUUUCCCGAGCCGGACAUUUCGGUGGAGAUAUCCGAGAGCGCCAUCCCCGGGACGCGCUUCCCAGUGGAGAACGCCUUCGACCCGGACGUUGGCGCAAACGCUCUCAGCACAUACGCCAUCACCAAUAAUAACCAUUUUUACCUGGACGUGCAGACUCAAAGCGACGGGAACAAGUUCGCCGAGCUCGUGCUGGAGAAGCCUCUGGACAGGGAGCAGCAAGCGGUUCACCGCUACGUGCUCACCGCCGUGGACGGGGGAAACCCGCAGCGCACCGGGACCGCGCUCCUGGUGGUGAAAGUUCUCGACUCCAACGACAACGCGCCCACAUUCGACCAGUCCGUCUACACGGUGAACUUACGGGAAAACUCCCCCGUGGGCACCCAAGUCAUUCAGCUCAACGCCACUGACGUCGACGAGGGGCAAAACGGGGAAAUUAUUUAUUCAUUCAGCAACCACAAUACCCCGCGGAUUAAAGACUUAUUCAGCAUCGAUGCCAGGACGGGUAGGAUAGAGGUGGCGGGUGUGGUGGACUACGAGGAGAGCAACACGCACCAGAUUUACGUGCAAGCCAAAGAUUUGGGGGCGAACGCCGUGCCCGCUCAUUGCAAAGUGCUCGUGAAACUGCUGGACGCGAACGAUAACACUCCAGAGAUCGGCUUCAGCACUGUGACCGAGUCCGUGAGCGAGCAGGACGCCCCGGGCACAGUCAUCGCACUUUUCAGCGUCUCGGAUCGGGACUCGGGCGAGAACGGUUUAAUGAGCUGCGAGAUCCUGGGAGAUGUCCCUUUCAAGCUGAAGUCGUCUUUCAAAAACUACUACACUAUCGUGACGGACGGCCCGCUGGACCGAGAGACGACGGAGUCCUACACGAUCACAGUGGUGGCGAAAGAUAAGGGCCAGCCCGCUCUUGCCGCCAGCAAGUCCAUUAAAGUGCACGUCUCUGAUGACAAUGACAACGCGCCCCGUUUUACGCAGGUGCUUUAUGACGUGUAUGUGACUGAGAAUAAUGUGCCCGGGGCUUUCAUUCACGCUGUGAGCGCUUUAGACCCUGAUAUCGGCCAGAACGCUCUUAUUACUUACUCCAUAUUGGAGUGUGACAUCCAGGGCAUGUCUGUGGACACUUAUGUUUCCAUAAAUCAGGACACCGGUUACCUUUACGCACUGCGCUCUUUCGAUUAUGAGCAGCUCAAAGAGUUUAGCUUCAUGGUCCAGGCUAAGGACACAGGAACACCUGAGCUUUUCUCAAAUGCCACUGUGAAUGUUAUAAUAGUGGACCAAAAUGAUAACGCCCCAACUGUCAUAGCACCCAUUGGUAAAAACGGCACGGCGAAGGAGCCCCUGCCACGCACUGCUGAGCCUGGCUACCUUGUGACACGCAUCGUGGCCAUGGAUGCGGAUGAUGGCGAGAAUGCACGGCUGUCUUACAGCAUCUUGCGGGGCAACGAGAUGGGCAUGUUUCGUAUGGACUGGAGGACAGGCGAGCUGAGGACCGCCCGCCGGAUCGCUCUCAAGCGGGACUCUCAGGGCCAUUAUGACCUACUAAUAGAAGUGAGGGACCACGGACAGCCCCCCCUGUCAUCCUCGGCCAGUGUGAGUGUGAUAUUAGUGGACAGUGUGGUCGAAGGUCGCGGUGGGGAUCGUGGCUCCGCCUCGAAGGCAAAGGAAACCUCUCUUGACCUGACGCUCAUUCUGAUCAUAGCCCUCGGCUCCGUGUCCUUUAUCUUCCUCUUGGCUAUGAUUGUCUUGGCCGUGCGCUGCCAAAAGGACAAGAAACUCAACCUGUACACCUGCCUGUUGGCCGGUGACUGUUGCAUGUGUUGCAGCUCCUGCUGUAGCAGGCACGCUCGAGGCCGCAAGCAGAAGAAGCUCAGCAAGUCAGACAUCAUGUUGGUUCAGAGUACCAAUGUGACAUCAGGUGUUGGGCCUGUGGGGCAGGUGCCCGUGGAGGAGUCUGGAGUGGGGAGUGUGGGAGGGGGAUUUGGCUCCCACCACCACCAGAACCAGAACUCGUACUGCUACCAAGUGUGUCUGACACCAGAGUCUGCCAAAACUGAUCUGAUGUUCCUAAAACCAUGCAGUCCCUCCCGAAGCACUGAUACGGAUCACACCAACCCGUGUGGCGCCUUAGUUACUGGUUACAGCGACCAACAACCAGACAUCAUAUCCAACGGCAGCAUUCUUUCCAGUGAGAAUAAACAUCAACGCGCGGAACUCAGCUACCUGGUGGACAGACCAAGACGUGUUAACAGUUCGGCAUUCCAAGAAGCAGACAUCGUGAGCUCAAAAGACAGCGGUCACGGAGAUAGCGAACAAGGCGACAGUGACCAUGAUGCCACGAACCGGGGCCACUCUGCCAGUGCUGAUCUGUUCUCCAACUGCACAGAGGAGUGCAAGGCCCUGGGUCAUUCUGACCGCUGCUGGAUGCCAUCCUUUGUCCCAUCUGAUGCACGCCAGGGGCCAGACUACCGCAGCAACCUCCAUGUCCCCGGAAUGGACGCUACAUUGCCAGACACUGAGGUACCCUCGUCUGUCAACCUCUCCGACCAAGUCGCCUUGACAUCGUCCACCGCUUCGUCCAACGAUAGGUCAUUCUUCACCUUUGGCAAGGAUGGUCAAAGGUCACAGUCACACAACAACCUUCACCAUCACCUCCAUCCCCAACAGCAGCAGUACAGCUCCAGCACGCUAGAGAGGAAAGAGUAUGAUAGGGGGACCCUUCCGUACAAAUCCACUUUUUUCUCCCACAAGAGGAUUUGCUAGCUCAUUCCAUGUGGACCUGUCAGAGACAGCGUGAAGUUCAGUAAUAGACCACCAACACUGAUGAUAGAGACCUCAAACUAAGACUAAAUAAACAGAAACCUGGACAACAACAACUUUGGAUAAAUGCCAUUUUCUCGGGUGGCAAACUAUAACAAAGCCUCGGCUUUGGUUGCCAAAAAGAGGUGAGGAGAAUUAAAUACUGAGUAGCUGUCAAACUUUCAUUUUCUGAGGAGCAUUCCAAGGCCUUAUUCCUCUCAGCAGGACUGAGAUCUGGGCUUGAAACAGUCUUGAUCUUGUGGAGAUUUUAAAGUUAUCAGCAAAGGAAAGAGAAGUAGUGAAACAGGAAUACAAGAGAGCAUGAAGGACCUGUUCAUCCACAGAGGUGGUUUUGGACUCUAGAGAGCUGUGUGUGCCUGUUUACAUACAUAAAGCGUUAUCAACUUGGACCAAUGUCAUGUGGAGCCCUUUAGCUAUUUCUAUGGUAACCAGUGAGCCAACUGUACAGAAACUAUGUGGGUAUAUAUAAUGAGUGACAUACAAUGUGAAAUGUGUAUAGCAGGUGCUAUACAGGUACAGUAAUUGAUGGCACAGAAAAAAAGGACGCAGAGAACUGACUACAAAUUCUGUAUUUCUGUUUCUGACUGACUGUCUUAUGUAACUUUUUCAUUUCAGUUCUUUCUGUGUGGUUCACAUGUGGAGAAAUACAGUUGCAUACGUAUUACAACAUAUAGUUGCAAACAGUAACGUGGAGGGUCAGUCCUCUUCUGGAUGGCUUUUUACUACAGAAAACGAGAUGAAAGGUCAUGUUUAGUAUUACGAGAAUGUUCUAACUUUUGAACCAGUAAUGAUUAAUGAAAGUGAAGUGAUAAAUUACCAGGAUGCGAUUCUUUUAACGCCCUUGGCCUAUACAGAAACAAUCAGACAGAUUCAGUGGUUUUUAUCAUGCGUGAAGUGUUUACUGUGCUAUUUUAAAAAGCUUUUAAAUUAAUAUAUAUCUAUUCAUGUAAUAACUAUAU